CGGACUCCUUUCACAUUUUUUUCGGGGGGGCCGCGGCGACCGGCGGGCUCGUGCGCAGCGAGCCCGAGGCGGGGAGGCCGCAGUGCUUGCGCAGUCCUUGGGGAGGUGGCAGCGGCAAAGGCGAAGUUCCUCGAGAUCUACGAGGCUUAUGAGGAGCUUGAGAAGAACCCUCCUGACAAGGUCCGACCUCGUCAUCCUCCGAGCGAAUGGCUCUGCAGGAAGGCAAAGGAGGUGGAGGGAGACCUGCCGAAGGCGAAGGAGGCCCUCGCCAAUGCAAAGGCGGGGGUGGAGGUCGCUGAGGCGUGCCUGGCUGAGCUGAAGGAGUGCACCAAGAGGGCGCCCUUUCACAGCGAGGAGGAGGCGCAGGUGUUGAGGGCGGCGCACAGCCUUGCCUUCCAGGUUUUGCUGGAGCAGGAAGGCCGAGUGACCCUCUUGCAGGCGCAAGUGACCCGGCUCCAGCUCUGGCAGGUCGUUCUGCGUGAACGCUUGCCCCAGCACCCAGGGCAAAAAAAGGAGGCCGCUGCUGAGGCUGCUCCAGCAGCUGCGUGCGAGCCGGCCAGCGAGGCCUGGUUCAGCUGGCUCUUUUGCUGCUGCGCGAGGAGCAAAUGCUGAG